AUGCCGAAGCCUAAGCGUAGUACCCGCGAAAAAAUCGAAAGAUAUAAAAGGAAACUUCAUGAUUUAGAAGUUAAAAGUGACGAUAAAAAACGUCGUAAACGUCAAGUUAGAUCUUCAAGUGAGUCGGAUGUCAGUGAACAAGGUGAAAAUCACCUACAAAACCUAGACCAAGAGCUAGACGUUGAAAAUAUGGAUUACGAUCCUGGCGUAUAUGAAGAAGGGACUCCUCCAGAGGAAGCGCCCGUCCCGGCUGCGCCCGCCCUACCGGCCGCACCAGCUGAACCGGCCGCGCCGAUACUGGAUCAAGUUGACGCUUCCGUGCAGCCCUUUGCCAAGCCUCCUGCCACUGAUGCCACUGAGCCGCCUCUGGACCCCACGCUACUUGCAGCGCUUGGCGAAUCCACCUCCGAUACGCCUGAAUACGGAACAAGUGUUCACGAUAGUCUUGCUAAUUUAUGGCUACCUAUUCUGAAGAAAGGUUUGGCAAAAGAGAAUAAGGACACACUCCUUAAGGAUUAUUUAAUUCCUAAUAAUUGUAAAUUAUUACAAGCGCCUAAGCUUAACGCCGAGAUAUCGGCCGCUGUAACAGAGGUAGUACGUGGACGUGACAAAAAAUAUGUCGCCGUCCAACAACAACUCGGUCAAGGCAUAGCAGCUGUAAGUCGGGCCAUGGAUGUCCUUUUAAAGACCGAAAACAAAGUUGAAGCCCUCAAAUAUUUGAGUGACGGAUGCCGCAUACUCUCUGAUGCGCAUGGUUUCUUUACAAAAGACCGAAUAAAGUUAAUUACGCCAAGUUUAGAGAAAAAUUUUCUUCACGUAAUUCAAGACGCCGAACGGGAUGAAUCCCUAUUUGGCAAUACUUUAUCUGAAAAGAUUAAAGCUAGUAAGGCUAUCGAGCGUCAAGGUCAACAAAUCAAAAAGACUGUCAGUGCACCAAAGCCUGGCACUUCUAAUUCGACGAACACUCGGGCCUUCACAACACAGGGAAACUGGUCCGGUCCUCCCCGUUAUUCGUCGAACAGGGGGGGGCGAGGAGGGUAUCGCAGGACGAAUCCGACGCGUCGCCCGUACGUCAACAGACCUGCCCCGACGCGGCACCCAGCGCCGACCAAGUCGCAAGCGCCAGCACAACAAUAGCCCAGGUACAUGCUGGUCGAUUAGCACAUUUUUACAGUUGUUGGUCUAAGAUCACAAAUAACCCUACAGUUUUAUCCUGGAUAAAACACGGAUUAGAAAUACCGUUGUGUAAGGCUGUGCAUCAGCCUUUGGUACCUAAAAAUGUUUUGACGCCAGAAGAUACAAAAGAAAUGAGUACAGCAAUUAAUAAAUUAAUUAGCUUAGGAGCCAUCAAAAAAUGCGAUCAUAGAAAUGAUCAAUAUAUUUCUAGUACAUUUUUAGUACCAAAGCCUAAUGGCAGUAGCCGUUUUAUAUUGAACUUGAAAUCAUUUAAUAAAUUUGUGACAAAGUCCCAUUUUAAAAUGGAGGACUAUCGAACUGCCGCUAAGCUUAUACCACAGAAUGGCUUUUUAGCCACUAUCGAUUUAAAAGAGGCAUAUUUACUUAUACCUGUUCGUGAAGCAGAUCGAAAGUACCUCCGUUUUCAAUUUGUACCCCAUGGCUCAAAUGAAAUUGAAAUAUACGAAUUUACGGCCAUGCCUUAUGGGUUGUCCGUAGCACCCAAGGUGUUCACAAAGAUUAUGAAGGAGGUUGUAACACAUCUAAGAAAACAGGGAUUAAAAUCUGUUGUUUACUUAGACGACAUUUGUUGUAUAGGUGAUAGUUAUGACGAGUGUUUAAAUAACGUAAAUGCUACGAUUAACUUAUUAGAAACUAUGGGUUUCAUAAUUAAUAAUGACAAAAGUGUAUUACAACCUUCACAAACUUGUAAAUUUCUCGGAUUCAUUUUUGAUUCACGAAAUUUGACUAUAGGUUUACCCCAUGAAAAACGGGAAAAGAUUUACCGUUUAGUAAACAAAUUC